CGCCCAUCUGCUCCAGCCCGUCCCAGCGCGAGCGUUUUUCCCUCCCCUCCGCGGUAGCCAGGACUGGAAAGAGAAGUGGAGGUGGGAGGGAGCGAUGAUGCAAAACUCACUUAAAAAUUGGGACGAGGAAAGGAAGCUACAGCUACGAAGGAGAACCACUUGCAAAAGUUACCGCAGAGAAGUUGGGAGGCUCGGCAGGUGCCCCAUCCCGCCGGCGAGGAGGAAGCGCCAGGGCCGCAGGACUUUUUCAAACUUGGCAGAUUUUGGAAAAUGCCGGACAACAGCAUGGGAUUAAUCUUCCCAACAUUGAUUCUAUUCCUAGUUGUCGUGACCCUUUUCUCAUUCCUCCAGCGGAAGAACGUGCGCGGACCCCCGUGCAUCCGGGGCUGGAUCCCUUGGCUUGGAGCCAGCUUUGAGUUUGGGAAAGCCCCUCUAGAAUUCAUAGAGCAGGCGAGAAUCAAGUAUGGACCAAUAUUUACAGUCUUUGCUAUGGGAAAUCGAAUGACCUUUGUUACUGAAGAAGAGGGGAUUGAUGUGUUUUUUAAAUCCAAGAAAUUAAAUUUUGAACUAGCAAUACAAAAUCCCAUCUGUCAUACAGCAUCAAUUCCAAAGAAUAUAUUUUUAACACUGCAUGAAAAACUCUAUAUUAUGUUGAAAGGGAAAUUGGGGACUUUGAACCUUUAUCAAUUCACUGGGCAACUGACUGAAGAAUUACAUGAACAACUGGAGAAUUUAGGCACUCGUGGGACAAUGGACCUGAACGACUUAAUAAGGCAUGUCCUUUAUCCAGUCACGGUGAAUGUGCUCUUUAAUAAAGGUUUAUUUCUCACAAACAAGAGGAAAAUCAAGGAGUUCCAUCAUCAUUUUCAAGUUUUUGAUGAAGGUUUUGAAUAUGGAUCCCAGGUGCCAGAAUGUCUCCUAAGAAACUGGUCAAAAUCCAAAAAGUGGCUCCUCACGCUGUUUGAGAAAAACAUUUCAGAUAUAAAAGCAUACAAAUCUGCAAAAGGUAACUCUUUGACAGUAAUGCAGGCUGUGCUGGAUAUUGUGGAGAUGGAAACCAGUGAACAAAGUUCCAAGUAUGGGCUCUUAACGCUUUGGGCUUCUCUGUCUAACGCUGCUCCUAUUGCAUUUUGGACACUUGGAUUUAUCCUUUCCCAUCCUGAUAUCCACAAGAACAUUAUGCAAAGCAUAUCAUCUGUGUUUGGCACAGCAGGUAAAGAUAAGAUUAAGCUGUCUGAGGAUGAAUUGAAGAAACUCCUUCUAAUUAAAUGGUGUAUUUUGGAAGCCGUUCGCUUAAGAGCCCCUGGUAUCAUUACUAGAAAAGUGAUGAAGCCAGUUAAAAUUUUGAAUCACACGGUUCCUGCUGGUGACUUGCUGAUGCUGUCUCCAUUUUGGCAACAUAGAAAUCCGAAGUAUUUUCCUGAACCUGAGUUGUUCAAACCCGAACGCUGGAAAAAGGCAAAUUUAGAGAAGCACGCGUUCUUGGACUGCUUCUUAGCAUUUGGAAGAGGGAAGUUCCAGUGUCCUGGAAGGUGGUUUGCUCUGUUAGAGAUUCAGAUAUUUAUUAUUUUAAUAUUUUAUAAAUAUGACUGCAACCUUCUGGACCCAUUACCAAAGCCAAGUUUUCUGCAUUUGGUGGGGGUCCCUCAGCCAGAUGGGCAAUGCCGCAUUGAAUAUAAACAAAGAAUAUGACACCUGCUGGGCCACCAAAGGGCCAGAGCCUUCUGGAGAAGUGACGCCACCCUGUCCCCUUCCCUGGCAGCGCCUGGACCUAAGAUCUCUUACAAUACACUGCUUUGCUUUAUUCAAGAAAUAUGCAAUGGUGUAUGCUUUUGGUAUCUUCAAGACCAGGAAUCUGACAUCACUCGCGACUGUGUGAUUUAUCAAAAGUGUUGAAAUGAUAAAAAAUUGGAAUUUGGUUUCAUGCAUAACUGUAUUAAAACUUUAAAUAGAAAUAUUGUCAUUUGAAUAGAAAUCUUAGUACAUUAAACUCAAUGAGAGAGCAACAUACUUAGAGAAUAUUAGGUAAUAAUUAAAGGAGUUUUCUAUUUUCUUAAAUGUGAUUGCUAAGUAACAAUUGGAAUUCUUAAGCUCUAUUCAUAUAAUUCUGUAUUAUAAACAUAUCUAAUGCUGAAAGUGUGAAUAAAAUGUUAGUUUUCUAAGACAUGUGAGGACAGGGAUUCUUACCCUGAUUUCUACACUGUACUAUGCCUAGGACAGCACUUCUCUGUAAGGAAUAUUCAGUAAAUGGGUGUUGAUUGGUGUAUUGAUUUAUAUUUUAAUUAAGGUGGAAGCACUGUUUGACUCAAGAUGCUUACAAUUAUACUUUGACAUAAAUACUAGGCUUGCUGGAUGUAGAAACACAAAUAUGAUGUUGUGCCAAAGCAAACAACCGCAUUUGAAUCUGUUCUUCCUUGUAACUGUGAAAUAUUUACCAUAAAAUCCUGAAAAGAAAUCCUAUCAUGCUCAGGAGAAACAUAUGACACUGUUCACAGUGAUGAACAUUAAACAGUGAUGUCGUGA